AUGUCCUCGUCUUGCCUUCCGCUCCCGGGCACCGAGUUCGCGUCUCCCGAGGCCCUCCGACUCGCCGUGCACAAGGGUUGCUUGGCGAAGGGUUACGAGCUGGCGGUCCGGCACGGCGGAGGCUUCUGCGGCGAGUUGGGCUGCCGCGUCGCAGCGAAGGGAGGCGGAGCAUGCGCCUUCAGGCUGCUCUACAGCGGCAGCGGAACCCAGGUCCACGUCACGCAGAUUCACGAGGAGCACACAUGCUCGCAGGAGGUGCGCAUGCUCAGGAGGCUUGCUGCUCGAGCGUGGGUUAGGUCGAAAAUCGUUCAGCUCGAGGCGAAGCUCAAGCAGCCUGGGUCGACUCGACCCGUCCAAUCUUCCGAACGCACUGACACGUACAAUAAGGACGCCAGCGACGAAUCUGAAGCCGAAGCCGACGAGCAGCAACGCUCGCCCCACCGCUCCCUCCGCUCACGCGCCGCGGUCGACUACCACGAGCCGGGCCUGUCUCUCCUCUCCAGCUGCUUUAACAGCGAUGACGAAGGCGCUAUGGAGCAAUCGAAUGAGGACAAUGCGGACCAGAGCGGGGAGGGUUCGGUCAGCACGAGCGCGGCGAAGAGGCAGACCUUCGAGUGGCCGCAGAUCUCGGAAGUGAGGGAGGAUGCUUCGCGGGUUGCUGAGACUACUUGCCUCGCCGCUCCCGCCGUCGGCGACACCUUCACCUCCGCACGCGACCUGCCCGUACAGCUUCACGCUUUCGCAGCUCAAAUGGGCUUCACCAUGCACCGUCGCAGAUGCAGUAAAGACGGCUCAUGGGUGGCCAUUGGCUGCAGCAGGGGUCGUAACCGCAGCAAGCUCUCGAGGCAGGGCAAGUGUGCUUGCGUCGUCGAAGCCGACCGCGAUGCCCACGGCUCAUACCGCCUCAGCAAGGUCGUUCUUCGCCACAAUCACGAUCUCGCGCCGCCGAACGACGUAGACGAACCCGAGCCUGAAGCCACGCCCUCCGCCGCCUCGACUUCUGCUUCUGCGCCGCUCGCCGGACCGAGCAACUCGCACGCUACGACUUCGUUCUUCAGCCCUCCGCCCCUCCCCUCGCCUCAGCAUCCCCGCUUCCACUUCGACACCCGCCAGCCGCAAAGCCAGCCCGCGCCGGCGCGCCUCCCAGCUCUCGCCUUCGUCGCCGACCUCAAAGCGCUCAUCUCGCUCCUCAUCCCCGACUUCUCGCCCGCUUCGACCUCUCGCCUCGCCUCUCAACUCGUCGGUGCCGGCGUCCGUUCAGUCAGCGAGCUUACCGACUUCCUCCUCUUCGAGGGCGACUCGGUUCUUCCCGGCUUUCUCGAGGGUCUCGCGUACCGGGAGGGAGACGAGAUUGCCGAGGAUGCCUUCUUGUUCUUCCAGCUCUUGAGGGCGUACAGCAUGGACAACGCUUGA